AGAGUUUCCUCCUCUUUCACCGAUAUCUCUCUCUAAUUCGUGGGCUUAGAGUUCCUUAGUUCUCUUCCACAGAUUUUCGCAGAGGAACUCCCCCAUUGCUCCUCUUCGGAGAUUAUCAUUCCUUUUCUUUUCCCUUCAUUUCCCUGUAUUUCCCUUCACUUUCCCACUACCCAAACAUGGACCUUUCCACAAAACUCCACCGCUUAGACCUUCACUCAUCGUUCUUUCCUUCUCUACGACCCUCUUUUACAAGGGGUUCCUCCUCAUUUGUCUCCCCCAAAUGCCUUAAAUUUAGACCCGCUAAGAUAACUUCCCAAGUUUCCACUCUCAGUGUUGAGACCUCCGUCAAAGACCCUCAAAACGACAUCGAAUCACUGUUCUCAUCCGACACAGUGGAAGAGAUUGAUCGAAAGCGUGGCAACAGGCAAUCCAACACCGGAGCUUCGGGUAUUUCAUCUGGUGUGAAGCUCGAAAACAUUAGCAAGAGCUAUAAAGGAGUAACGGUUUUGAAAGAUGUGAGCUGGGAAGUGAAAAAAGGUGAGAAAGUUGGAUUGGUUGGGGUAAACGGAGCAGGGAAAACGACCCAAAUGAGAAUUAUAACGGGUCUAGAAGAGCCCGAUUCUGGGAACGUUAUAAAGGGCAAACCCCAGAUGAAAGUUGCGUUUUUGAACCAAGAAUUCGAAGUUUCGAUGACCAGGACGGUGAGGGAGGAGUUUAUGAGUGCCUUUAAAGAGGAAAUGGAAAUCUCUGAGAGGUUAGAGAGGGUUCAAAAGGCGAUAGAAGGGGCUACCGAGGAUUUGGAGCUGAUGGGAAGGCUUUUGGAUGAGUUUGAUUUGUUGCAAAGAAGAGCUCAGGCUGUUGAUUUGGAUGAGGUUGAUGCUAAGGUUAGCAAAUUGAUGCCGGAGCUCGGGUUUUCGCCUGAGGAUUCCGAUAGGUUGGUUGCCAGUUUUAGUAGUGGCUGGCAGAUGAGGAUGUCACUUGGAAAGAUUUUGUUGCAGGAACCUGAUUUAUUGCUAUUGGACGAGCCUACAAAUCACCUUGACCUCGAUACAAUUGAGUGGCUUGAAGGAUAUCUCAACAAGCAAGAUGUUCCAAUGGUUAUUAUAUCUCACGAUCGAGCAUUUCUAGAUCAGCUGUGUACAAAGAUUGUAGAGACUGAUAUGGGUGUUUCCAGGACAUUUGAGGGUAAUUAUUCUCAGUAUGUUGAGGCGAAGGCAGCAUGGGUUGAAUCUCAGUAUGCUGCAUGGGAGAAGCAACAGAAGGAGAUUGAGCAGACAAAAGACUUGAUAAGCCGCCUAGGUGCUGGGGCAAAUUCUGGUCGUGCUUCUUCUGCUGAAAAGAAGCUGGAGAAACUUCAAGAAGAGGAACAAAUAGAGAAGCCAUUUCAACGGAAACAAAUGAAGAUCAGGUUCCCUGAGCGUGGAAGAAGUGGAAGAUCUGUUGUUACUAUUAAGAAUCUGGAAUUUGGUUAUGAGGAUGAGAUGCUUUUUAACAAGGCAAAUCUUUCAAUUGAAAGGGGAGAGAAAAUUGCCAUUAUUGGUCCAAAUGGUUGCGGAAAGAGUACUUUACUGAAACUGAUUAUGGGUUUAGAGAAACCAAGUGGUGGUGAAGUGCUCCUUGGGGAGCAUAACGUUUUACCAAAUUAUUUCGAGCAGAAUCAGGCUGAGGCUCUUGAUUUGGAUAAAACAGUGCUUCAGACAGUGGAGGAAGUUGCAGAAGACUGGAGAAUUGAUGAUAUUAAGGGGCUCCUUGGUCGUUGCAACUUCAAAGCCGAUAUGCUGGACAGGAAGGUUUCCCUAUUGAGUGGUGGUGAGAAGGCACGUCUUGCCUUUUGCAAAUUCAUGGUGAAACCAUCAACCCUACUAGUUUUGGAUGAACCAACUAAUCAUCUGGAUAUACCCUCAAAAGAGAUGCUAGAGGAGGCAAUCAGAGAGUACAGUGGCACUGUGAUGACGGUAUCUCAUGACCGAUACUUCAUCCGGCAAAUAGUGAACAGAGUAGUGGAAGUAAAAGACGGGCAUUUGCAGGACUAUGCAGGCGACUACAAUUACUAUUUGGAGAAGAACCUAGAGGCAAGGGAGAAGGAAUUGGAGCGUGAGGCGGAACUUGAAGAGAAAGCUCCGAAAGUAAAAGCGAAAUCAAAGAUGUCAAAGGCGGAGAAGGAAGCUCAAAAGAAACAAAGAAGGCAGGCGUUUCAAGCAGCUAAACAAAAAUCGAAAGGGCUCAAGAAUUCCAAGAGGUGGAACUGAAAUCUAUACCACACAUUGAUUGAAGAUGACCCAUGCAGUGUAAGAACCGAAUGACCACCACCACCAUUUGUAUAUAAUUUUAUGGGAGUAGUGUUGUAAGAACCGAAGCUCCUACAUGAAUGUCGAAGCUUUGUAAAUCGCAGCCGUUUUCAAUUCUUCGUUUUUAUUUGGU